CCGACAAUUGCGCGCGAACCCCACCAACUCCACCCUGGGUAUUCGAUACCCAGUUAGACCGCAAAAUGUUCGACAUCGAAGACUACGAUCAGAUCUUUCCAUAUGGGAGCUACGCAGAGGGCUUGCGCAGAGACAUCGCAGAGUGUCAGAGCACACUAGGCGGGCGGACCUUCUUCGAGCGUCUGUUGGAGCUUCUCAAUAUCAAAUGGCGCAAGAUCUACCCUCCGAACGGCGACGACGGAUUGCGCGAACUUCACAAUCGCAUCUGCGAAGCGCCUAUAACCCUGCACUACAAACACUGCCUGAUCUUCUACCUGCUGCGAGAUUUGUCGCCCCACUACAAGACGAGCCCUGAAUGGGCGACACAAUUCGCUACCAGCGUCCACCUCGAGACACGUUUCUGGACUUUUAUAGAAGGGAUCUGGGAGCUAGAUCACCUCCAGUUCGACAAUGCGGUCGGCCACUUGACGCACCCGUCUAUCAUACCCACAUUCCCCGACGAGAUUCUGCUCACGCUAGUCAACCGGAGACACCAUCAGCUGAGCACCAUGUCCGAGACGGAUAUCCUCCCUCUGGCAUACUACAACUGCGUAAAACCGCCGCUUGCGACCGAUGCUGUCAGGCAACCCUUCGUGCGAUAUCUGGCCGCGAGGAAUGUAACAGAGACGUACUACUGGAUUCGCGCACGGCCCGAGCACGAGCAUAGGCAGUUGCUAGAAGCACUCGUGGAGCAGACGCUGGACCAUCGCGCCUGGGGCGCCGGGGAUCCGAGCGACAUCGAAAGCAUAUACCCGAGACAAGAGAAGGCUGUCGAGCUGGUGGGCUUGCCAUUCAGCGAGGAGGAGGAAGAGUGGGUUGAGAAGUUCUUGACCGAGGGCAAAGGAAGGACGCUGAAGGGCGCGGAGGAUACUGUGUUGAUGAGGAAGAUCGCUACUGGAAGGUUGCAUAGCUUUGUGGCUGGAAAGAGCAAACAGGGCAAGGCACAUCAUGGGGUGGACUGGAAGACUCUGAAAGAAGGAGUGAAGAAGGGCCUGGGUCCGAGAGAGGGCGAGGAAGGUUUCAAGGUGUAGACGAUCGAGUCUGUGUCUACAUCUUGACUGAUUUGGAUUAAGGGAUGGGAGUGAACCGAAAGACCGGCCCAUCGUACCACCGGGAGAAGGAAAUGCGUUCUCCGAGGACCGUCGUAUCUGCCUGAGGCUCCCGAGCAAUGUUCCCAACGUACUGGAUAGAGCAUUUGUCACGUGCGUAGAAACGCCGGCUUCUUUGGGACUUGGUACGCGAGGCACUCUCCCAGCCAGUCGUGUGCAGUGCACAUGGUGGACGCGUGGAUGUAUGGGUCUUUCGAAGUACAGAGACAUUCACACAUGUGUUUUGUUAUAGCAGCCACGAGGAUAUAGCAAAG